AUGGAGUUAUCUGAUCAAAAUCCCUUAAAUGAAGAUCUUUUAGCCAACUUAGUAGCAGCACAAAAUGAACAUGCAACAAGAGAAGUUCAAGCAAAUACUCUUAUGAGACUUAAAUCAAGAGCAAAAUGGAUUAAAGAUGGUUCUGCAAACACUGCAUACUUCCAUGCUAGAAUGAAGAUUAGACAAGCAAGAAAUACAAUUAGUGAACUAGAAGAUGCAAAUGGAAAUAUUAUUAGUGAUCAAUCUCAAAUUGCAGAUACUUUAGUCAAGCAUUUUCAACAAAAAUUUGAAGCUCAAGAUGUUGAUGUUUCUGAAGAAUUGCUUGAUGUUAUUCCCUCAGUUAUUACAGAUGAAGACCAAGAAAUGUUGGACUCCAUUCCCACCACUGAAGAAAUCAAGAAAAUUGUUUUUGAAAUGGACUCAGAUAGUGCCCCUAGUCCAGAUGGAUUUCCUGGAUCCUUUUAUAAAAGUGCUAAGAAAGCAAGUCAAUAUAGACCAAUUGGAUUGAGUAAUGUAUUAUUCAAAAUUUUCACAAAGAUAAUUUCUGUCAGAAUGAAUGGACUCAUGGAGAAGUUAAUUUCAUCACAACGGGAUGCUUAUGUUAAAGGAAGAAGCAUUCAAGAACAAAUAUUUCUAGCUCCAGAGAUGGUAAAUGAAAUGAGGAAAAAGAGAAGAGACGGUAAUGUGGCUUUUAAACUGGACAUAUCACAGGCUUAUGAUUUUGUAAGUUGGACUUUUCUUCUUAAAGUUAUGCACAAAUAUGGAUUUUCAUCAUCUUGGUGUGAUUGGUUAUUAACCAUGUUUAAAUCUGCAAAAUUAUUAGUAAUGGUCAAUGGAGGACCAUGUCGAUUUUUCUCAAUGCAUAGGGGUCUUAGGCAGGGUGAUCCAUUAUCCCCUAUUUUAUUUAUUUUGAUGGAAGAUGUAUUGAGUAGAAAUAUCACAAAUUUGGUUAAUACAGGGCAGAUAACUCCAACGGUAGUUAGAAAUGGAAUAUAUCCAACACACUUAUUUUUUGCUGAUGAUGUUUUCUUAUUCUGUAAUGGAGCUAAGAAGACUUUGUUUUGUCUAUUUAAGCUGAUUGACAAAUAUCAACAUAGCUCUGGCCAGAUGAUUAACAAAACCAAAAGCAAGUGUUUAAUUGAUGGUACUUAUUCAACCAGAAAGCAACAAAUUAGCAGCAUAGCUGGUAUGGAUAUAUCUAAUUUGCCUGAUAAGUAUCUUGGUAUCAUUCUAGCUCCAGGAAGAGUAACUACUGAAAUGGUCUGGCCAAUAGUUCUUAUGCUUCAGAGCAAACUUGCAGCUUGGAAAGGAAGAUUAUUAUCUUUUCAUGAUAGACUGAUUCUUGUAAAAACAGUUUUGUGCAGCUACCCUCUUUACAAUAUGGCAGUUUAUAAAUGGCCAUCUUCAGUUAUUAAGAUAUGUGAAAAACUAAUAAGGAACUUUCUAUGGUCAGGUGAUGGAGAGGUUAGAAAGUACAAAACUUUAUCUUGGAAGAAGAUAUGUGUGCCAUAUAUUGAAGAUGGCUUGGGUAUUAGAAGGCUAGAAGUUCUUAACAAAAUUUUGCUGAUGAAAAUGAUGUGGAAAUUGGUAUACUCAUCAGAUGAAUGGGCUCUGUUUUUUACAGCUAAGUUCAAAGAUAAAUAUGGUGUAUGGUUUCCAAAAUGGAAAUUAUCAUCAGUAAGGGCAGGUUUGCAAUGGGCUUGGCUUACUUUACAAGAAGACAUCUCUUGGAAGAUUGGAAAUGGUGCUAGCAUCUCAGUAUGGUUUGAUAACUGUGGAAAUGAUUCCAUAAUAUGGAACCUACAUAGUAGUGGAAUGUUUAAUAAUGCAAAGGCAGUAGAGAAAAUAAGACACAAGGAAGACAAGGUAGAUUGGUCUUAUUAUAUAUGGAGGAAAUCUUUGCACCCAACUAUUUCCAGCAACAUUUGGAAGCUUCUACAAGGAGUUUAUGUGAAUGAUGACAUGAAAAGAAAACAAGGAUAUGAAAUGCCUUCUAGAUGUUGUAUCUGCAAAUCAGAGAAGGAUUUUAUGGAGCAUACAUUGUGGCUUUGUGAAUUCAGUGUUCAGGUUUGGAAUUGGCUUGGAAAUAUGUUUCAAUUUCCCAUGCCAUACUCUUUUUCAGAAGUUUUUUCUGCAGCUAAACAGCACAGUCCUAUCAUUGAUGAAGUAUGGAUAAUCUCUGCUUGUACUGUCAUUAAGGAGUUGUGGUUUCAAAGAAACAGAGUUUUCUUUGAAGGAGGUGAUGUUAAUAUUCAUGGUUUCAAGCACAGGGUUAUGAAGAUUGUUCAAGAUCAUGGUGUCAGAAUAAAAGGGGUCAGGUGGAACAAUGACUAUGAAAACCAAAUUCUUAGUCACUUUAAAAUUGAUUCUUAA